AUGUCACCCAACGUCCCCGUGGUCGAGCGCAUCGAGAUCGCGCCGAAGUGGGCGGAGAGACAGAGCGCGUUGGACGAGCGCAUACGCGAUUCCGUCGCCGCAGCGUCCGCGGACGCGUCGACGACGACGUACGAACGCGCCGAUUUUGUAAACUGGUUCGAGAGGGACAUGGCGUUCGACUUGGCGCCCGAGAAUGAGUGGACCGAGCGCGACGCCGUUCUGGAGGCGUUCAAGCGAGCGCACAAAGAGCCAGGGAAAGAGUCGUUCAUCGAGAGAAGCGCGUUCAUGUCAGCAUUGGGGACGCACUUGAGGGAAAAGUUUGCGAGGCGCGCGGGCGGGUUGGUGAAACGCGCAAACCGAUACAACAUCACGUCGGCGAAGCUGAAGAGCAAGAGUCUCGAGGGAAGAUUUCGCACGAAUAAAAAGGUAGCCAAGGCGCUUAGAGAAGGAAUGAAAGACCCGAAUCGAUCUCGCAUGGUUGUGGCAAACGAUGGCGUCUCUAGUCGGUACUUUACCGAGUUCAUACAGUUGUCCUGCGCUGUGGAUCUGUUGGAGUGCAAGCUCUUUCCCGACGCCAAGGAACUAAGUGAGAGCUUCGGAGCGUUCAACGCGUGGCGCACGCACCUGAGCGGUGAAUUUGAUGCAAAUGACGAGAGUAUAACGUUGCUCUCUGUUGGCGACGGGUGUACGCCGAGAACGGCAGGACUGUUUGCCUUCAGGACUCGAUGGCACUGCAUCGCCGUCGAUCCGGAGAUGGGCAAGUCAAAAGACUCAAAAACCACGUACGACAUCGCUCGUCUGCAGCACCACCGCGCGAAAAUUGAGGAGAUGAAGAUCUCGACGAAGAGAGUCGUCGUGGUCUGCGUCCAUGCUCACGUGCCCUUAGCGACGACGCUUGCGAGCAUUUCCAGCGAUGAUGGCACCGCCGCGUGCAUUGCGAUGCCAUGCUGCAACUUUUACUCGUCUAUAGACGCGCCUGGAGAUAAGCUGGAGUACUCAGACCCUGGGAUUUUGUCUCCGCAUCGAACAGUGCGGGUGUGGCGACGACUCCCGUGCGGGAACUCUGACAACACGAUGUGUCAAUUGGCUUGA